AUGACGCCAACAAGGAACCAGUCGAGAACCCCUGAGCCUCCUACCCAAGAUUCGUUAACCCAGAACCUACAACAGUUGACUCAGGUCACCCAGACGCUGAGCAACGCCAUCCUCAAUAACAACAACCGACCACCCCCGAACGGGAACCCAGACGUGGCUCGCCAAGUCUCGAGCCACCUCCCACCCAUCUUCGCAGGGGAAGAAGAUCCUACGACCCUCGAGGAAUGGAUUAGAACGUUCAACAAGAUCUUUGAAGUAGUAGAAUGCCCGGAGGGAUGCCACAUGGAACUAGCCUCGUUCUACUUCGGACAUGAGGCUGACCUUUGGUGGGUUCACGAGGGACCUGCCGGUAGACAAGAACCGGGAUUCAACUGGGAAACCCUGAAGGCUCGAUUACGGGGAUGUUUCUACCCCGCACAUGUGAGGGCAGCGAUGUACGAAGAAUUCCUCCACCUAAAGCAGGGAAUGACUAUAGUUGUGGAAUACCACAAACAAUUCCUCGAGCUGGCCCAUUUCGCACCUGAAUUGGUGCCUAUAGAGGCGACUAAAGUAGAGAAGUUUGUGGCAGGUCUCAACUUCGAGACUCGGGAGGCUUUGACCGUAAGUAAAACAAGGACCCCCAACGAGGCUUAUGCUAGCGCCGCCGACCUUUACCGAAUCCAACUCCUACAACAGGGAGUUCAGGAAUAG